UUUUCGCACCUAAAAUGAAAAAGAAAAAAGUUGGCUCAUGCGUAAUUUAUGUUUGAGCCCGCCACAAAGCAAAGACUCUCUGUGCAGUAGGUGGUAUUUCUGAACCGGAGAGACACUCUGUAGAAGAUAAACUAAACAGGGUGGAGAGAGGGAAGAGUCUGCGGAUCCAGCCGUAAUAAUAAUUGUGAAAAAAAGCACAGACUGAUUCAGAUGAUUCUGAUCCAUCCAGUUCCAGGUCUAUGGAAAUGCAGGAUCUAGCCAGUCCGCACAGCCGAGUAAGUGGAAGCAGCGAAUCCCCGAAUGGUCCAAACCUUGACAACUCACAUAUCAAUAACAAUUCCAUGACACCAAAUGGCACUGAAGGUGAUAACAUCACUAUGCUUACCACAGCUGACUGGUUGUUAAGUUCUAGUUCACAGACCGCUGCAGUUAAAACAGAGCCAAUGAGCAGCAGUGAGAUAGCCACCUCGGCAGCCGACGGGUCUCUAGACAGCUUCUCAGGAUCAGCUAUUGGAACUAGUGGCUUCAGCCCAAGACAAACUCACCAGUUCUCUCCACAGAUUUAUCCUUCCAACAGACCCUAUCCACAUAUUCUUCCUACUCCUUCAUCCCAAAAUAUGGCUGCGUAUGGGCAGACGCAGUACACCACAGGAAUGCAGCAGGCCGCGGCGUAUGCGACGUACCCUCAGCCAGGGCAGCCCUACGGAAUUCCAGCCUAUGGUCCAUUGUGGGCAGGCAUCAAGACAGAGGGUGGACUCACGCAAUCCCAGUCACCCGGGCAAACGGGAUUUCUGAGCUACAGCUCCAGCUUCACCACGCCCCAGACGGGACAGGCACCCUACAGCUACCAGAUGCAAGGAGGCAGUUUCACAACAACAUCGGGAUUGUAUGCAGGAAGCAAUUCCCUCACAAAUUCUACUGGAUUCAACAGUACACAACAGGACUAUCCCCCUUACCCAGCCUUUGGCCAAGGUCAAUACACACAGUAUUACAACAGCUCGCCAUACACUUCCCCGUACAUGACGAGCAACAACACCAGUCCCUCGACCCCCUCCACGACCGCCACGUACACCCUACAGGAGCCCCCCUCCGGCAUCACCAGUCAAGCGCUCACAGAACCCCCUGCAGGAGAGUACAGUACAAUCCACAGUCCAUCAACUCCCAUUAAAGAUUCAGAUUCGGAUCGAUUGCGUCGAGCUUCGGAUGGAAAGUCACGUGGCCGGGGGAGAAGGAACAAUAACCCGUCACCGCCUCCGGACUCUGACCUUGAGCGCGUUUUCAUCUGGGAUUUGGAUGAAACAAUCAUCGUUUUCCAUUCCUUGCUCACCGGGUCUUACGCCAACAGAUAUGGAAGGGAUCCCCCUACAUCUGUGUCAUUAGGACUUAGGAUGGAGGAAAUGAUCUUCAACUUGGCAGACACACAUCUUUUCUUCAAUGACUUAGAGGAAUGUGACCAGGUCCAUAUCGAUGAUGUUUCGUCAGAUGACAACGGUCAGGAUCUGAGCACGUACAACUUUGCCACGGAUGGUUUCCAUGCUGCGGCGACCAGCGCAAACCUCUGUCUGGCCACCGGCGUGCGAGGAGGGGUGGACUGGAUGAGAAAGCUAGCCUUCCGCUACAGACGAGUAAAAGAAAUUUACACCACGUACAAAAAUAACGUUGGAGGUCUGCUUGGUCCAGCCAAAAGGGAAGCCUGGUUGCAAUUGCGAGCAGAAAUUGAAGCCUUGACAGACUCCUGGUUAACACUGGCACUGAAAGCACUAACAUUAAUCCACUCAAGGUCAAACUGUGUGAAUAUUUUAGUGACGACAACGCAGCUCAUACCCGCUCUUGCAAAAGUCUUGCUUUACGGACUGGGAAUAGUGUUUCCAAUAGAAAAUAUUUAUAGUGCAACAAAAAUUGGAAAAGAAAGCUGUUUUGAAAGAGUAAUCCAGAGGUUCGGGAGGAAAGUAGUUUACGUUGUCGUGGGAGAUGGAGUGGAAGAGGAGCAGGGCUCUAAAAAGCACAACAUGCCGUUCUGGAGGAUCUCGAGUCACUCGGACCUCAUGGCUCUCCACCACGCUCUGGAGCUGGAGUACUUGUAGCAGCGCGGCGGCCGCCUGCGACCUUGGAGCCCCGCACCAUGCUCGCCACAGACCUCACAACACACCUCCUCUGUCUCACGUCCCCCGCUAGAAACUGAGCGACACGUCCGGCGUGUUGACAUACAGCCACAAUUCGUCUUAACCCUUAACCUUUUUCUAAACGGAGGAGAGUGAAUUUAUGGCAGUGCAGCUGCUGGCCCCGGUUACUGUGAAUUGGCUGCUUUCAAAAGCCAUCAAAAUGUUUUACAGCCCUGUCUGUGCUGUGCCUCUACAAGGGUUCACACCUGUGAAGAAACCAGAGCUACCGACGUCUCAGAGCCCUGCAGGACUUCGGUCCCACUCUGCCUCGCUGCGGUCUCGGGCUCCCUCACGUCUCGGCCUCACUUCAAUGGUACAAAGACAGUGGGGCUCGUCUGCCCAUUGAGAAAGCCCUCUUUUGAUCACCGUUGUCCCUGGUAUCCUGUGUUCUAAUUUAUGGACUGAGGGUGCGCGAGUGGCAGUGUCCCGCGAAGGUACUUCUGUGUAAGACUUUGUGCCUUUCCCACAAUGCAAAGUACUUUUGAUUCCAUCACACCAAGAAGAAGAAGACAAAGAAGUAGAAGAAGCAGAAGAAGAAGAAGUUUAUGAAAAAGGUUUUCUAAUAAUUUAAGAAAAUAAACUUUAUUUACAUUGCUGAGACAAUCGUGUACAGAAGAGAUCUUUUUUGUGUGUGUGUAAAUUUAUAAUCACUGGACUAUUCCUUCACUAUUCGUUGAGGUACAUGCUGUUGGAAGGUGGCAAUGCAUUUUAAUUGAAGUAUCGAGGCAUGGUUGCACAUCAAGCUUGUGCUGUGCCUUAAAAGUGUUGAUGUGUUCAAGUUUUUGUUCAUUAUAUAAAUAUGUAGAUAAUGGGAUUUUGUGAUAAUUUGUUUUGUCAAGACCAAAAGCAUGGAUGUCAAGUGUCAAUGAUUAUUUUAUUUUUGUUCAAACUGUUCUUUUACUUCUCCCUGCUAUUCUGUCCCCCUUUAAAGUUAGUGACGGCCUUGAGCUCCCAUUCGAAUCUAAUCAAAACUGAAAGGCUCUUUAAAAAUUUUUCACUUUAUGUAGUUCAGUUUUUUUCAGGGGUAUCUUACUUUAGUGUUCAGAUCUCUGGAAGUUUAACUUUGAAAAUGCGUACUUGAGAUAAGUCAUUAGGCUAACACUCCCACCUCCAUGCAUCCAUGAGAAUAAUAGCAUAAAGCAUGUUCUAAAAGAAAUUAUUAAAGUUGGAAAAGGGUUUAAUAACACAGCAGUCUGGCACUGGACAGAGGAAAAGGUUUUAGAAAUGGUCUGUCUGUCUUUUGCUGGACUCUGUAACCAACCUAACUACUAUCUGAACAAAGUACGGUUUAACCUCAGCCUCCCUUAGAAGAAACAUUGAAAGCUUAGAAUGUGUUUUAUUACCUUUUUUACAAGCGCUAAAACAAAAACUCUUGUACACCGAGCAUUAUUUUGUAUGAAGUAGUCUUUUUAACAAGUCAUGUUACUUUGAUUUUGAGUCGUAUUCCGUGUCCUCUAUGAUCGCUGUAGUUUAAAUCCAUAGUACCUAUUCGUAAUGCUAACGUGAAUAUGGAUUGGCAUAUCACAGGUCCCGGACCUUGAGGAAGCCACUGCUCCAGAGGGCUGAGAACAUGUGUGUGCUUUCAACUGUGAAUUUCCUACCCAGGAACCUACCCGACCUGUUUCUGAUUCUCUCUGCCCACACAUGGUCACUGUAGAUCUGUUUCUACUGGUGAGGGCCUCGUUCUCCUAGCCGACAUAUUACACCGUCUUUUCACCACAUAUGCAAUUUUUGCUCUUUUGAAAGCAACAUUUCCCUGGUAUUGGGGACUACAUAUUGCUGCUAGAUCAAGGUAACAGUAGACAAUGAAAUGUUUUAUAGAUACAGUACUGCAAGCUUUUUUUAUGUUGCAAUCAUAAUGCAAACUGGAAAAUUUACAUUACC